AUGGAGGAGCCUGGCAGCGUCGUGGCGGAUGCAGCCAGUAAUGGCGGCUGGGUUGCCGCCACGGGAGGCCAACAAGCGCCUCCGCUGCCGCUUGGCGGUGGCGGGGGAUUUAUCCAGCAGCAAGCGAGAGAUAGUGGGCAAGGACCACGGCAGCUGCUGGAAGGCGGCUGGGCCAGCAGAUCGGGAGCGAACCCUGUUGGACCAGCCGGAGUGGGCCCGGGCAUAGGACCGGACUACGGGGAAGCGAGGGGGUUAAACCCCCCAGAGGAGGAAGAGGAAAUCGCGACUGGGGAGGACGAGGUUGGGGAGGGCGCGUCGGGCCGAGGUGGAGGGAGGGCGGAGGGAGUGCCUGUGGAUGGAGGACCAGGUUUCAACCUUGGCACGAAGGCAGCCCCGGGGCCCGCGGGGCCGGCCGCGCCCCAGGAGUCGGGCGCGGGCGACCCUGGCGAUGGCGCCCCCUCGAGCAGGGAGGGCGCGAGCGUCGCCCCAUCUNGGGAGGACGAGGUUGGGGAGGGCGCGUCGGGCCGAGGUGGAGGGAGGGCGGAGGGAGUGCCUGUGGAUGGAGGACCAGGUUUCAACCUUGGCACGAAGGCAGCCCCGGGGCCCGCGGGGCCGGCCGCGCCCCAGGAGUCGGGCGCGGGCGACCCUGGCGAUGGCGCCCCCUCGAGCAGGGAGGGCGCGAGCGUCGCCCCAUCUACCACGUCGACCGGCCCGGUCGAUGUGGGCGGCGGCGAGGACGACCGCCGCAGCAGCGGUAGCGGCGGCAGCGGCGGCGACAUCAGCAGCCGCGCGGCGAUGACGGCGGCAGCGACAGCAAGACGGAUCUCCCGGCGCUCCGUGGGCCAGCCAGAGGCCCGGCGGCUCGCCCGCUUCGACAAGCCGGCGGAACUCACCAGCCGCCGCACUAGGGAGAGCCCUCGCCGAAACCCAAGGUACGAGUCGCCCCCGUCGCCGACAAGUGCCGAAGCCCUGCUCGCCUCGGUGGCGAGCCUGCCCGUCAGCAGCACGGAGGAGUUCACCAGCUGGAUGCUCUCGGCGCUGUCCGAGCGAGCGGAGGAGGCCCACGUUGCGCGCCAAGAGGCGGAGGACUUCCUGCUGGGUACGGUGGACCUCAUGCUCAACUCACCAGACCCCUUCGAGACGGCUCUGGCAUCCCACGAGCCAAGUGAAUCCCCCAUAGGACCGAAGCGAGAUGACGAGAAGGGAGGGGAGUGGCCGGUGAGGGAGGCCAUCGGCAGCAUGAUGUGGGUGUCAACGUUCUCGCGGCCGAAGCGAGAGGAUGAGGAAGGAGGGGAGUGGCCGGUGAGGGAGGCCAUCGGCAGCAUGAUGUGGGUGUCGACUUUCUCGCGUCCAGACGUCUCGUUCGCCGUGCGUGCGGUAGCACGCCACGCCCGCGCCCCGGCGAAGCGGCACUGGCAUGCCAUACAGAAGAUCCUCUGCUACUUGAAAGGGACGAGGGACCUCGGCAUCACCUACCAACGGGGAUCGGGGUUAGGCUGGCCGUCCAUGGCAGCAAGACGCAGAGCAUCGUGUCUUUUGUCUUCGACGCAAGCCGAAUACAGUGCUGCCGGGGAGGGCGUCAAGGAGGCGUUGUUUGUGCGUGCUGUGCUUUCGUUUGUCGCCCCAGAGACCAGUGGUAGCAGCAUCAAGGUCCUUGAGGACAACCAGGGGGCCAUAGCGUUGGUGCAGAACCCCCUCAGCUCAGGUCGCACGAAACACAUCGACGUGAGAUUUCAUUUUAUCCGCGGAUUGUUUAGGUCGGGGGAUAUUUCGGUCAAGUUCGUUCCGACAACGGAGCAACACGCGGACCUCCUAACCAAGGCCCUUUGCAGGGCUAGUCUGCAGUACCACCGGCGCAAGUUGAUGAAUUUGCCGGAGAAGCUGUAGCGAUUUCGAGCACUUAGGAGAGGUCAUUUUUUCCAUGCGGGGAAAGGCGCAUAACUGUUGCGGUCUGUGUACCAAUGGCAGGAGUAGGGGGCGUUGGGAGACCAUCGUCCGGGGGGACGUAGUUCCUCGCGUUCUUGUCUUCGCCUUGGCCUUUCUAGUUAGUGCGGUCGUUGUGAUCCGCUGUGAUAGCGACGGUUUU